CAUGCAACUUCUGCUGAUGUAACCCCAGUUUGAUUAUUUGAAACGUCGCCGUCAGCCGGAGAUUCGCAGCAGCAGACCAAUAACCAGACGAGAUCCCCACGACCACCACCACCACCACCACACUCAGAUCUCUCCCGCCUCACACCGCGCGCCAAUGCCAUCCGAGGACGCCGCCGACGCUACUCCCGCGGCGGCGCCGCCUCCCAGGGCCGCAAUCUCGCACGUCAUCUUCGACAUGGACGGCCUCCUCCUCGACACGGAGGGUUUCUACACGGCGGUGCAGGAGAAGAUCCUGGCGAGGUACGGCAAGGUGUUCGACUGGUCCGUCAAGGCGAAGAUGAUGGGCAAGACGACCGCCGAGUCCACGCGCAUCUUGUUCGAGGAGUGCGGCCUCACCGGCCUGCUCACAACGGAGCAGUUCCUCGAGGAGCGCGAGAUCAUGCUCAAGGAGCUCUUGCCCACCUGCGUUGCCAUGCCAGGUGUAGUACGCCUGAUCCAUCAUCUCCAUGCUAAUGGGAUACCACUAGCUGUUGCAACAGGAACCCAUAAACAUCACUUUGCACUAAAGACACAAAACCACCAGGAAAUAUUCUCCCUGAUGCAUCAUAUUGUCACGGGGGAUGAUCCAGAUGUGAAGGCUGGCAAGCCAUCUCCAGAUAUUUUCCUGGCUGCCAUGAGGAGAUUUGAGUGUGAUGUAGAACCCAAUAAUUGCUUGGUUUUUGAAGAUGCACCAUUGGGUGUUGCAGCAGCAAAAACUGCUGGAAUGCAUGUAGUGAUGGUUCCAGAUGCAAGGUUGGAUGUUUCACAUCACAAAGAAGCUGACCAAGUUCUCAGUUCACUACUGGAUUUCAAUCCUAGCUCAUGGGGCUUGCCACUGUUUAAGGAUUAGAAUCUAAUCAUUAAUAAUUUUCAUAUGAGAUCUGUGAUACAUGUGGUGGGCAUCCUAAAAUUCAUCUUUACGAAGAUUCCAAAGGGAAAAGGAAAACUCAGAGUAACAGUAGCAUAGGUAGGCUUUACUGGAGAUUUGUUGCUGCUUCUGCAGGGUACAGUAUUUUUCAAAGUCAUCAUUCAUAUACAUUUUUAUUUAUAGAAAACUCAGACUCGUGUUAGAACUAGUGAGAACACUUCGAGCAUUCUAGCUGGUUCCUGUUUUG